AUGUUUCACCGGUGGCAUGUUGUCAAUAAUACCUUCCGAGCCGAAUCAAUAUUAAUAGCUUUGCCGAACGGUAAGGCAUCCCCAACAAGCUUUGGGUGUCCUGAGAGGUUGUGGCAGAUUUGGGUCUGCGAUUUGCCAUUCGGACAGACCACAUAUUCGAGAGCUUCUAACCAGCAUGGUGGUGCAACGGAGCUUCAUGGUUGCUUUGAGCAUUGGUCUUGGUGCCGAACGAGAAUAGAGCCAGUGCCGAAUGAUUUCCCAAAUUUUGAGAGAGUGGAUAUCUUCAGCAUAUUGAAUUCCAUUUUCUGGUUCCGUAAGUCCCAGCGUUCGGCAAGUGGUGAGCUCGAGAGGUUUUGGCGAAGUGAGCUAGCUCAUCCUUGUCCUACCGAACGGUAG